AUGACCACCUUUGUGCCAGCCCUUGUCCUCACUGGGCUCAGGGGGCAGUCUGUCACCAAGGACACGUUUCGGCAGUACCGGAUCCUGGGCAAGGGCGGUUUUGGAGAGGUAUGGCCAUGGGGAGAGGAUGGGGGGGCAAUGGUGGUUGCCCCUCCGUCCCUCUGUCUCCACAGGGACCUGAAGCCGGAGAACAUCCUACUGGAUGAUGAUGGCCACAUCAGGAUCUCUGACCUGGGACUGGCCAUCAAGAUCCCCCAGGGCGAGCCCAUCCGUGGGCGCGUGGGCACCGUCGGCUACAUGGCCCCAGAGGUGAUCAGCCACGAGCGCUACGCCUUCAGCCCCGACUGGUGGGGCCUGGGCUGCCUGGUGUACGAGAUGAUCCAGGGACAGUCGCCCUUCCGUGCCCGCAAGGAGCGGGUGAAGCGGGAGGAGGUGGAGAAGCGGGUGCAGGAGGACCAGGAGUUGUACUCGGACAAGUUCAGCGAGGAUGCUCAGGCCAUCUGCCAGAUGCUCCUGGCCAAGGACCCCAGGCAGCGCCUGGGCUGCGGGGCCGAGGGGGCGGCCGAGGUGAAGCGACAUCCCUUCUUCAGGACCAUCAACUUCAAGCGCCUGGAGGCCGGCAUCAUGACACCCCCCUUCGUGCCAGAUCCCCGGGCAGUUUAUUGCAAGGACGUGCUGGACAUCGAGCAGUUCUCUACAGUGAAGGGCGUUAACCUGGACCAGACUGACAACGAUUUCUACGCCAAAUUUGCCACCGGCAGCGUCUCCAUCCCCUGGCAGAACGAGGCACAGGAACCAGCUGGAUGA